UUACUUACGUCAUUUGAUAAGCGACGAAAGUUUGAAGUGAAACAAGCUAAGCUAAUCCACCCUAGCCUUUUGGUAAACCAAAAUGUCGGCCAUAUUCAACUUCCAGAGUUUGCUGACGGUGAUUUUGUUGCUCAUCUGUACCUGUGCAUAUCUCCAUACCCUCGCUCCAAGCCUGCUGGACAAGCAUAAGACUGGGAUAUUGGGUAUCUUCUGGAAAUGCGCCCGAAUAGGCGAGAGGAAGAGUCCCUACGUGGCCCUGUGCUGCGCGGUCAUGGCCGUCGCCAUCCUGUUCUCUGAGUAGCACCUCGGCCUCCUCAGCCGUGGUGCUCCCGGUUUCCCUGUAGGCUUCCCUCCUGUCUGGAGGAGCAACCAGGGAUGGAUCCACCUCUCUAGUCCUGAACCAGCUCUUCCUUUCGUCUCCACGCGCCUCCCGUGGAUCUGGGAGGAUCGUCUCACCUUCUCCUCCGAUGGGGCCAUCCUCACCCCCUGUCAUGUCGUGUCUGCUCUAGGGACGUGUCUCAGCUGGGUGUCUCAGCUGGGUGUCUCUCGGCCCUCUCGCCGGGUCCGAUCUGGGAUCAAGGCCUUUUGCCGAGUCAGGAACUGGAACUGCUACUGAUCAAUGCAAUGCUGUUUCCCCCCUCCCCGACCCCCCUGACUGAAGCAGUUGCCUGUCAUCCCUCUCACAUCCAUCCCCACUGGAGGCGUCAGCGAUCGCCAACAUCCCCGAGCUCUGUGCAAACGCUGACCUUGUUUUGUCGUCAUCAUUUGCCGUUUUUGUUGCUUUUGUUGUUGUUGUUUUCAGUUGAAUAUCUCUAGAUGUUUGACCCAUGUGUCAUACUAAAGUGAGAGUCUUAGAAGGUCGACAUGGAGAUGAGAAUGGAGGAUGGUGUGUAUGCAGUUCUAUCAUAUGACCCUUUGCACGACUCUGUUCUGUUGUGCCUUGUUCAGAAAUAGAUAAGAACUGUGAGAGAACAUGGGUCAACUCUGUGUUCGAGACAGGGGCCAACUCUUUAUUUUAAAUGUUACAAUAGACUGAAUGAUUGUUUUUAUGACCCUGUCUUGAAGCUGUCCCUAAAUCGUGGUGCUCGCUUUGAAACGGGAACGUUUGAAAACGCUUUUUCGAACAUUUCAAUAAAGCCAAGACGACUGACGGCCAACAUUUAGCCA